AUGGACGCAGUUCCCCUUUUUGGCAUCACGGCGUUUCUCCCAAGCGUGGAUGAUGGUACGCAGGGGGUUCAACCUGCAGUCGCAGAGGUAAAGGAGACUUCGCCGGAGUUCUUUGAUGCCCAGCAGCAACGAGACAGGGGUGUCGCGAUGAAUGUGAAGUCUGGCGCAGAGGCCAGGCUGCAGGCUUUGUGCAAUGAUCUGCCUACCGCAAGCAAGGAGGCUUACCAAUUGGCGCAGCAGGUGCGUGAUGACACCAAGAACAUGAUCAAUUGCUGUGUGGAUGAGAAGUCGAAGGUCUGCCAUGAUGGGCUGCUCGAGAUGAUCGACGCCCGCGAACGCAGACACUUCGAGCUUGUCCUGGCGAUCGCGAGGGGCGGGCACCAGUGUGGAAACCUUUUGCAGGCCGUGACGGACCUGUACCAGAGGAUUGACAAGAUAUUUGACAUCGAAGGCUCCGGCAAUGCUGGCAGUAACGUCAGCUUCAACAGCAAGUUCGUGCAGCAAGAGCUGCAGCAUUUGGAUGUGGUGAUCACAGACCUGGCAAGCACGGAGCAGACCCUGUGCUCUUUGAGCAGUGUUGAUCACAGAGACAAAUUGAUGCGCGCAAUCCAGGCCGUGUCCAGGCAGCUGUGUACAUCUGACAUCCUGGCAAACUUGGCAGAGACAUUGAAAGCCAAAAGCCGCAUUGACGAGCAGCAGGACCAGGAACAUCUCAAGCGCGGGGAGAAGCAGGCGCUCGUAUGGGUGGCAGAGGCUGAGAAGAAUUGGCAUAAGACCCGCUUGGACCAUGCUAUGGAGCAUCGCGAGAGGACCAAGAGUAAUCUCGAUGCCAAGAGGAAAGAGUUGCAAGAGCUGCAAACUCGCGAGAGCGUUUCUCGGGAAGAUCUUUUGCGUAGCCACAAAGAGUGCCAGAGGCAGCUGGAUAAGCAAGUCAAGGAGUUGCAGGAGCGGACAGAGAAGGAGCAGGCCAAGCUCCAGGAACCCAUCGACCUGUGCCAGGACAAGACUGUCGAGCUGCAGAACCGACUCCUGAACCUGGGUUCUCACAACAUCAACCACAUCAUCCUCGUGGUAGACAAGAGCGGGAGCAUGUGCGGAACCCGCUGGAGAUCGCUGCUUCGUGCCGUCGACGCUUUCCAAAAAGCUUGCGUCGCCAAGGGCUCACAGGACAGAGUGUCAGUCAUCACCUUCGAUGUAGACGCGACAAGUCUGGUCACAGCAGCCCCGAUCACAUCCGAUAUUGUUGGUAAGUUGGGGCGAGUGUCGCCGUCCUGGGGAACAGCAUACAAACCUGCCUGGGAGAAGGUGCAGGAGCAUGCAGCCGGUGAGCCAAGCUUCGCUCGCAUCUUCGUUGUCUUCCUCAGUGACGGUCUUACUAACAACGAUGACUUGACCGCUGCCAGGGCAACCGCUGCAAAGAUGCAUGCUGAUGCGGCUGCAGCAAACAGAUCGAUGUGUGCAUUCUUUGUGCAUGUGGACGACGCGCCAUCUCCUCAGAUCGAAGAACACCUUAUGCCGCUCGUGAAGGCAGCCAAUGGUGGGCAGAAUCGCAAGGCCUUGGGAGAGAGUACGGUGGAUCUGUUAACGCCGGUGGGCACCGCAGACCUGACGUCCCACUUUGCCCAGCUGGCGAGCUAUGUAAACAUGGAGAAGUGCCAUGGUCAAGGCCUAGGAAAAGGAGCUGAGGUCUCGAAGAGAGCAGGAGACGAAGGCAAAGCCACAGCUUUAUAA